GAGAAGCUCGCUACAGCGGUGUGGAAGGCAAUGGCCGACGUCGCUACGGCCAGCCAGGCGACCGUCGCCGGAAGCGGCACCUUGAUCCGGAUGCAGGCCGUACGGACGGAGCGGGAUCAGGUCCGAUAUCAGCCACUACAACCGUACCAGGAGCGGACGUCGAUGAGGAAGCGCUGCCGAGCGUGGCAGCAGAUGCUCGUGUUCUUCGUGCGGACGCAACGUAUGCGUGACGCCGGCAGAGCCACCGGGCCGGAGUAUCGAUUCAACCGGCGGCAGGCAGUAGCGUUUCAGCGUUUGAUGGCGGCGGCGGAGGACGUGGUCGAGGGGGGAGGACUAGCGGAUGGCGUGGACGUUGCGCCCGACGACGAGGCGGACGAUGAGAACAACGACGAAGCCCGCGAGAGAGUU